UUCACUCCCAGCAGCAACACACGUGAACGCGUCUGCCAAAACAGUCAACCGAUAAAAAAAUGGAUUUCACUGAGGUUCCCGUGACCUCUGAUGACAGCGGAAAGAAGAAGACGAAAAAGAAGGAUAAGAAAAGCAAGGCGAAGAGCGCGCGGGAGGAAAAGCCGGACGUAAGCGCGGUGGAGGUGAAGCAGGAGACCGAGGCACCAGCCACAGUCUUCCCCCCCACAUUUAACAUGUCUGAGAUCAAGAACAAGCAGAGGAGGCAUGUGAUGUUCAUGAAGCUGAAGCAGGAGAAACGCAAGGAAAAGAUGCAGAUGAGGAAAAAGAGGAGGAAAGAGAGAGAAGCGCUGGGAGACAAGGCUCCACCAAAAGAAGUUCCCAAGACCAUAGAAAACCAGAGAGUCUACGACGAGACGGUGGUGGACCCAGAAGAUGAGGAGGUCGCUUUCGAUGAGGCCACCGAUGAGUUUUCCGCUUAUUUUAACGGACUGACAAACCCCAAGGUUCUCAUCACUACGUCGGACAGACCUCGCGGGAGAACGGUGAAGUUCUGUCAGCAGCUGGCCACUGUGAUCCCCAACGCUUACGUCUACUACAGAAAAGGUUUGGCCCUGAAGAGGAUCGUCCCUCAGUGUGUCUCUCGGGACUUCACGUACCUCAUCGUGGUGAACGAGGACCGCAGAUCGCCCAAUGGUAUGGUUCUGUGUCACCUGCCUGACGGUCCGACCGCACACUUUAAAGUCAGCAGCGUUCGAUUACGCAAAGAGAUAAAGAGACGAGGCAAAGAUCCCACACAACACUACCCCGAGGUGAUUCUCAACCACUUCACCACGCGCCUGGGUCACAGCAUCGGCCGCCUGCUGGCGGCUCUUUUCCCACAAGAGCCGCAGUUUGUGGGUCGACAGGUCGCCACUUUCCACAACCAGAGAGACUUCAUCUUCUUCAGGUUCCACAGGUAUAUUUUCAAAAACGAGAAGAAAGUUGGCAUCCAGGAGCUGGGCCCCCGCUUCACUCUCAAGCUGCGCUCGCUACAGAAAGGGACGUUUGACUCCAAGUAUGGCGAGUACGAGUGGGUGCUUAAGCGCCACGAGAUGGAUGCCUGCCGACGCAAGUUCCAGCUCUGAUGAUGGAGCGUUCAAGUCUCCCCGCUUGCGGAUUUAAACAAAUGAACUCUUUAGUCUUCAUGGAUGUUGCUGAAUAUGACACGCCCAGGCACUGAAGACUGAACAACUCGUAACGCAAAGGUGUCAUUUAACUUGUUUAACGUGAUCAAGUGUGAAGGUUUCCUCACAUUAAAAACAGCCCAAGUUA